AUGCCUGAAGUAGUCGACCCCCGCAUGAUCUCGGUGACGCCUAGGAUACGAUACAACACUAUUGGAGGCGUCAACGGUCCAUUGGUCAUUCUCGACAAUGUCAAGUUCCCGCGAUACAACGAGAUUGUGUCCUUGACUCUGCCCGAUGGCACCGAGCGCUCUGGUCAGGUCCUUGAAGCUCGAGGCAACCGCGCCGUCGUCCAGGUCUUCGAAGGCACAUCUGGUAUCGAUGUUAAGAAGACCAAAGUCGAGUUCACCGGACACAGCUUGAAGCUCGGUGUGUCCGAGGACAUGUUGGGUCGUAUCUUCGAUGGUUCAGGAAAGCCUAUCGACAAGGGCCCCAAGGUGCUCGCCGAGGACUACCUUGAUAUCAACGGUAGCCCCAUCAACCCAUACUCGCGAGUCUACCCCGAAGAAAUGAUCUCCACCGGUAUCUCCGCCAUCGACACGAUGAACUCGAUCGCCCGUGGACAGAAGAUUCCCAUCUUCUCCUCCUCUGGUCUACCCCACAACGAAAUCGCCGCGCAGAUUUGCAGACAGGCUGGUCUUGUCGGAAAGCCUUCCAAGGGUGUACACGACGACCACGACGACAACUUCUCUAUUGUCUUCGGUGCUAUGGGUGUCAACUUGGAGACCAGUCGCUUCUUCACGCGCGACUUCGAGGAGAACGGCAGUAUGGAGCGUGUCACUCUGUUCCUCAACUUGGCGAACGACCCUACCAUCGAGCGUAUCAUUACUCCCCGUCUUGCCCUUACAACCGCCGAAUACUACGCCUACCAGCUCGAGAAGCACGUCCUGGUCAUUCUUACCGACUUGUCAUCCUACUGCGAUGCGCUACGUGAGGUCUCCGCUGCCCGAGAAGAAGUGCCCGGUCGUCGUGGUUACCCCGGUUACAUGUACACGGAUUUGUCGACUAUCUAUGAGCGUGCUGGACGUGUUGAGGGCCGUAACGGAUCUAUCACUCAGAUUCCCAUCCUGACUAUGCCUAACGACGAUAUCACACAUCCCAUCCCCGAUUUGACCGGUUACAUUACCGAGGGCCAGAUCUUCAUUGACCGUCAGCUCGACAACAAGGGUAUCUACCCUCCGAUCAACGUCCUGCCAUCCCUCUCCCGUCUCAUGAAGUCUGCCAUCGGUGAGGGCCGCACACGGAAGGACCACGGUGAUGUCUCCAACCAGCUCUACGCCAAGUACGCCAUUGGUCGUGACGCCGCCGCCAUGAAGGCCGUCGUCGGAGAGGAGGCCCUGUCCUCAGAAGACAAGCUAUCGCUUGAGUUCCUCGAGAAGUUCGAGCGCUCCUUCAUCGCCCAGGGUGCCUACGAGUCGCGCUCCAUCCACGAAUCUCUCGACCUCGCAUGGUCGCUGCUCCGUAUCUACCCCAAGGAACUCCUCAACCGUAUCCCAGCCAAGGUGCUCGACCAAUACUACCAGAGGAGUCGGGGCGGUGACGACGGUGACAAGAAGAAGGGCAGCAAGGAUACCAAGGACAACUCGGGCGAGGGCCAGCAGGAUGACAACUUGAUCGAUGUGUAA